GUUGGUCGUCAUGCUUCCCCUCGUCGCGGCUCUCGGUCUACUCACCUGCACGACCGUCGCGGCUCCUGCAUUCAAUGCAACGAUUACGCCUCAGGACGCGGUAAUUGAUCUGCCGCCACUGGCAGUCGAUGGUACGGCAGGAUUUACAGCAUUGCAGAAGGCCUCCAAGGACAAUUACCGGUAUCUCUACAGCUUCAUCGCUACCGCACAGCAACAUUGCAAGGGAUCGGCGACAACCGCAUCCCUUGCGUUCUCUCCAUUGAUUGACUGGCACAACAACAUCGCCGGCCAUGCCUUCCCCAACUACACCUCUUCUCUCGCUGAUGAUUCUGUGCGCAUCGAUGUUCUAGGAUGGCAGCUCUGGUUCAAUAUCGCGGUGUUCGUUGGAACAGCACCCAAGAAUCGGUGGAGGCUGGCAGUGCGUUUACUUGCGUCCCCAGCAGGUGGUCUUUGGGCGAUUUGA